GGACCUGGAAUAGAUGGAAUUAGACCGAAAGAUUUAAAAAAUAAUGCCAGAACUUUAACUCCGAUAAUAACCAAAUUAGCAAACACAAGUUUAGAUAGUGGUCAAAUACCUACUGGAAUCAAAACAUCAAUAAUAAGGCCCAUAUACAAGAGUGGCACUAAAUCAGACUAUAACAAUUAUAGACCAGUUUCAAUCUUGCCAGUAAUAGAAAAAGUAUUAGAGGAAAUAGUGGUAAGAAGACUAAAUAACUUCUUAGAAAAAUAUAAAAUAAUAAAUAAAAAUCAAUUUGGCUUCCAAAAAGGAAGAAGUAUAAAUAAUCUUCUAGGAAACUUUUCUAAUUACAUUAAUAACUGUCUAAGUAAAAAAAUGCAUUGUCUUGUGUUGUUCAUUGACUUUAGCAAAGCCUUUGACACUUUGUCACAUCUUAGACUUCUUCAAAUAAUGGAAAGGAAUGGCAUAAGAGGCAAAACUUUAAAUUGGUUUAAGAACUAUCUAGAAUGCAGAAAAUAUCGUGUAAAGAUCAACAAUUCUUUAAGCGAUGAAGUAGUAACGGAUUUUGGUGUACCACAGGGAUCCAAACUUGGGCCAAUCCUUUAUAUAAUGUAUGCCAACGAUAUGAUCAACACUCUGCAAGGAAACACAACAUAUGCAUAUGCAGAUGAUACUGCUAUUGUGGUAUCUAAUGAAAAUAUUAACGAUGCUAUGAAAAUAAUGCAAUCGCAACUAAAUAUUGCAACAAGAUGGUGUCACGAUAACGGUUUAAUCAUAAACGCACAAAAAACAAAAAUUAUGCAUAUUAAGCCGCGACAUUUUAUAGAUACCGAUAUCAAAAUCAAGUUCCAUGAUAUGAACUGCCUUCACAACAUAAAUAACAUUAAUGAUACCUGCACCACCUAUAUUGAACUUGUGACAACAUACAAAUACCUAGGUGUUUAUGUAGAUAACAACUUUAAAUGGAACACACAUGUUGAUUAUCUCCAAAAGAAACUGCGCAAGUCAGCUUUUAUGCUUUACCAUUUAAGUAAUUGUGCAACGUAUAAUGUUUUACGACAAGCUUAUUUCGCAGUAGUGGAGUCAUAUUUAAGGCACGGAAUCGCCGCUUGGGGAAAUGCAUCACACUGCAGAUUAUUACAAAAUUCACAAGACCGCAUACUUAAGAUCCUUAAGAAAAAUCUACAGUACCAGCAAAUACAUGAUAACAGAAACAUCAACACUAUCAACAACAACAUCGUAAAUACAAACAACAAUAAUAACAACUAUAACGAUAAUAACAUCAGAAAUAACAUCGAAAACAACACCAAUAACAGCAUACUAAACAUCAUCAACAACAGCACCAUAUAUAACAUAAACACUAACAACAACAUCGUAAAUACAAACAACUAUAACAAUAAUAACAACAGAAAUAACACCGAAAACAACACUAAUAACAGCAUACUAAACAACAACAACCUAAACAACAUCAACGUUGUCAGCAACACCAACAAUGAUAGAUACAGCAACAGCACAAUAUACAACAUUAAUACUAUUAACAACAUCAUCGCACACACAAACAUCAGUAACAACAACAACUACGACAGCAAUAACAACAGCAAUAACACGGAAAACAACUUAAAUAAUAACAUACACAACAGGAACACAAACAAUAAUUUAAACAAUAUCAACACUGUCAGCAACAUUAACAACAACAACUACAACAGGGACAACUGUACCAACAGCAUAAUAAACAAUAUCUACUCUACUACCAACAACAACAUCGCGAACACCAAUAACAACAACACUCUCAACAACAACUACGUCAGUAAUAACAACAGCACAUACAACAGAAAUACCAGCAACAACCUAAACAACACUAACAACAUCAACACGAUCAGUAACACCAACAACAUCGGAAACAUAAACAACACAACAUACAACAUCGGAAACAUAAACAACACAACAUACAACAUCCACACUAGCAACAAUAUCAGCAACAACAUCACAAACGCAACGGCAAUCUUCAACAACAACAGUAAUAGCAGCCAAAGCAAUUGCUUAGCAAACGAAUUACAUGUACUUAAGGUUAAAUCUAUAUACUACACAACGCUAGCGAUCGAAUUCUACAACGAUGCCAGGUUUCUCCAAAAAAUUGAUCAUCAAUAUAAUACAAGAAGAAGAAACGAAGGUCGAUUCAAAGUGGGAAGUUUCCAAAACAAUUACGGAAAAAGCACUCUAAACGUGACGUUACCAAAAUUAUUUAAUUCACUACCAGUCAGCCUUUUGAAUAUUCCAAUCCAUCAUAAAAGAAAGAAACUUUUAAAAAACUUUUUCAUAAGUUCACAAUGAAAUUAAAUAUGAAAUUAAACAUUAAUCUUUAUAAAUUAAAUUAUUUUAAUUCCUGCAGACAAGCUAUUAAAGCUUCGCGGGACUAGGAAUAAGAAUUUCUGUAAAUGAAUUGAUAAAUUAAUUAAUAAAUAAAUAAAUAAAAUC